AUGGUGCAACGCCUGCAUUUAAACUACUUCGCGCGGCCCACCAGCUCGCGCGGCCCAACCAAGUCGUGGCCCGCGCCGUGCACUCCACCAGCCCGCGUCACCAGGCGCGACCCACCAGCACGCGCGGCCCAACCAAGUAGCGGCCCGCGCCGCGCACUGCACCUGCCCGUGUCACCAAGCGCGACCCACCAGCCCGCGUGGCCCAACCAAGUCGCGGCCCGCGCAGCAUCCAUCAGAUCAGAGCACUUUUCAAAAAAUCUCGUCGGCGCGAGGACUCAAACCCGCGCCACUCCUCCGACAGGCAAGCAUCAUUACCAGCAGGCUACAAGCGAGCCUUGUGCUUCAAUGGUGCAACGCCUGCAUUUAAACUACUUCGCCGCGUCACCCUACAGCCCAUGCUUGCGGCCCACAUCACCGCCUGUCCACCUCGCGCGUCAUGCGGCCCAACUCGCGCCCCGCAUCCAAGACGCGCCACAUCAAAAAUAUUAUUGUCACCGCGAGGACUUGAACCCGCGCCAUCACUCCAUCUCACAAGACAUACUGCCAGUAGGCUACAUACAAGCCUUCUGCUUAAAUGGCGCAGAGUCUGCCUUUUAA